AUGAGCGGGUGCUUCCCGUGUGCUGCAAUGGCUGAACUGCUGAAGACUGUCAGAGCCGCCUGGCCGAUGCUCUCCAGAGCGAUUCGAAGUGGGCAGAUUCUGCACCCCCAGUGUCAGUUGCAGACGGCAGACCCGGAUGUUCACUGUGACUAUGAUGUGGCCGUUCCUAUGUCUGAAGGCUACUCGCUUACAGCGAAUGUGUUUCGAUCCAGGGCAAGGAUGAGCACCGGUGCCCCAGAUCCCGUGGUCAUGUGCGCGCACAUAUACGAUAACCACAUUACACCGGCGCUCAAGCGAACGCCGCUUGGUGGCCCACCACAACAGUACAGACUCAUUCCGCAAGGCGUCCCCCAUCCGACCUUUUCCGAGUUGACGAGUUGGGAGUCUCCGGACCCAAACUAUUGGGUGGCCGCUGGUUACACGCUGGUGAACCUGAAUUUACCCGGGUACGCCAACAGCGGAGGUGCAGCCAGAAUCCUUUCGACGAAGCAGGGUCGCGACUAUCGCGAGGCAAUCGAAUGGGUAGGCCGGCAGGAUUGGUGCACCGGCUCGGUGGGUCUGCUUGGUGUCAGUUACCUGGCUAUCAGCCAGUACUUUGCGGCUGCGGAAGGCUUUUCCGGGAAGGGAGCCUCCGCACUGAAAUGUAUGGUGCCGUGGGAAGGUCUGACGGAUGUCUACCGUGAUGUGGCGUGUCCGGGUGGAGUCAACGGGACUGGCUUUCUCAACUUCUGGUGGCAUACCGAGGUAAAGGAGGCUCUGAAUCAAAGCGUUGCGGAGUUCAUUGCCAAUGAAGGUGGCAUUCCUCCGGAGUUGAUAAGCAAGCAUCCAUUGAUGGAUCAGUAUUGGGCGGAUAAGGCGGUUGAGCUUGAGAGAAUUGAUAUACCGAUGCUUGUAUGCGGGUCUUUCUCAGAUCACGAGCUGCAUACACGGGGUUCUCACAGGGCUUUCCGUCGAGUGAGUUCAGAAAAGAAAUGGCUUUACACCCACAGAGGUGGGAAGUGGUCAGAGUUUUACUCCCCGUCAGCUCACGAUCUUAUCAAAGAUUUCAUGGACCAUUUUCUCAAGGGUGAUUCGAACCGCUUUGAAUCCCUGCCGCCAGUGCGCCUUGAGAUCCGGAGCAGCCGUGAGAAGGUGCACGACGUCAGAUGGGAGCACGAGUGGCCCUUAGCCAGGACUGACUACAAGUUGUUGCACUUGAGCGAGCAGGGUCUCGGGCCGAAGGUGCCCGCCGAGUGUGAGCGCUGCUAUGACGGCCAGCGCGGCCAGGCAGAGUUCGAAUACACCUUCGCUCAGGACACCGAAGUAAGUGGCUUCAUCAACUUGCGUUUAUGGGUCGAGGCGCGCCCAUCUUCCACACACGCUGCCUGUCCGGACGACAUCAUACUCUGCGUGGCCGUAGACAAGCUCGGUAGGGACGGUCAAGAGGUGCGGUUCAACGGAACUGUUGGCAUCCAGGAUGAUGUGGUCAGCCGAGGCUAUCUGCGGGUCUCGCGCCGAGAAUUCGAUGCCAGCCUGUCGGUGGACUGGUGGAAGGAACCGAAUGGCAGCAAAGUUCAGCCACUGAAGAGUGGAGAGAUUGUGCCCAUUGAGAUCACACUGUGCCCGGCGGCUACUUUCUUCAGUGCGGGUGAGGGCUUGCGUCUGGUGAUCUCAUCCUAUGACACCUGCCCAUCGCCCGUCUUCACAAAGGAUUUCGCCAGCAAUCAAGGCCUCCACGUGUUGCAUAUGGGGGGUCGCUUCGACUCAAAUCUCAGCAUCCCGGUCAUUCCCAGCGCAGAAGGUUGA